AAUGAAACAAGCGAAUAUCCUCAACAAAUUAAAAUUAUUAUUAUUAUUUUGACGUUCUCCCUGAGCAAAGUAGGUCGAGAAGAAGCUAUACCUGAUGAAUCCCGUCACGAAAUGGAAAGUAGGCCUACAGAGUGCUCCGUGGCGGCCGCUGACCGUGGAUGGCGACUCGUACUUGCUGAAAUCCGUGGCCGAUGACCAUGGGUAUCAUGUAGCUAUUAGUGACUUGGUGUCGAUCUGGUUUGAGCAAUUAGACGCCGACGUGUUCCACGCUCGAUCGAAGGAAGUCAACCCCAAGGUGGAAGCUCCGGUUACACGGCUUAUAAGACACGUCAGCUCCUUCAUCAGCACUGAGCCAUCCAAAGAUGCGGAGUUCCACUUUGCAAAGUCUUCCGGCGAAGAUGAGAGUACACAGUCGGUGACUUUGCACCUGAAAACUAAACUGGCGUCUCUGCCGUAUAAAUGGGAGUUUCGGCUGCAACAAGGCAAUGCCGGUGAUGUGAGCGAGCACGUACUCUGUCCACUGUUGCUGACCGCGGGGGAACUGCAGCGCAGGACACAAGAGCUACAUCAGCUUCUCGUCAAGAAGGAUAAGGAGAUUGCCGAGUACAAGAGCUGCGGAGCGCGGAUCACCAGACGGCACUUGGAGACCAGCUCGUUUGAUGCUAAGGUGUUUGAUAACGAAAUGCUUGUCAGUAAGAAUUUCACCAGUCUGUUGGAAUCAUCACCAGCUCUGUGCACUGAGUCGUUCUCCGAUGUGUACAAGCAGGUCAUGAUGCAGCAUCACCGGCAGCAUCAACAACCGGACGACGUACCGGAUAUGGACCCGCUGGACGAGAUGAUGGCUUCAUACUCGCAGGAACUUCCGUCGUCGCUGGUUCCUGGCCCGUCCGCUUCCAGCUCGUACACGUAUCGUCUUCCUGCCUCCCUGGUGCCUAGUACGGUCAGCGGAAGUGAUGAGCCAGCGGCGAAGCGUGCAUUCCGCAGCCCGCCCAUUUCUCCCAAAAAAGGCACAGCUCUUACGUCGCCCGACAAGGCAUCGCCGAAGAAAUCCCCGGCCAAGGGCAAAACAAGCGAAGCGCAGUCUCAGGAACAAGAGCUACAGCGACGGCUGGAGAUCGAAGAGCGCCUCAAGCAGCAGGCCAGCAAGCAGAAGACGAAAAAGAAGAAGAUCAAGCUCUGAAGGUUCCUUGCCGUUGUUCUGGUGGUGAGAUUGUCCUGUUCUUGUUGUUUGAAAGUUUACACGGCAACUACUCGUGUGCUGUCACAUGUGCUGAUGGCAUGAUUACCUCAAGCAUGAAACUAUGGUAUGAAACACAUUUAUUUCCAAGACUCCCCCCCCACACACACACAACACAUACUCCCCUAUUUCUAGACCAUAAUUAUGGAAGAACUGUGACUGUGUGGUCUUUCGAUAUCUAAAUAAAUGCCGGCUGCUUGAUGCAGAUUAUAUGCCAGUGCUUGACGUUCAACUUAGCUCGUGACUCGUAGCUGUUUUUAGGUAUCGCUUAUGAAUUAUGAUUACUAGUAGGCAUUCGCACUUAGCGACAGAAAAGCAGGGAGUAUUUUGCAGGUGUAAGGAAAUCCAGUUCUGUUCCUCAUAUGCCGAUUGUCGUAGCUGUGCCAAGCUGAACAAGAAUAUCAUUCAGUGUUUCUCUUUUUUUCUUUUCUACCAUUUUCAAGACAUCAGUAGGAGCCAUGCCUCGCACACACACACACACACACACACUCACACACACACACACACACACACACAGGCUGUUUUCUGAGUUUUUGAAUGUUGAACUUUGAACUUUGAUUUCGAAUUGUCGAAUGGUCUUUUCUUCCAUGA